GCACAUGGUUAAAUGGUCUCAGCAGUUUUGGGAAGAGGUGUCAUGCUGACCUGAUCUGCAGCUGGGCUGCUGAGGGCUCACAAGCCAGUUCCCUGUGGGGUGACCCCUUUAGGUGCUCUGGGACAGACACAGUGGCAUCCUGGUUGUGCCAGUGUCUCACUUCUCUUCCCAGCCUGUCAGCAUGGGAGCCUAGUCAGGAAUGCAGUGUCCAUGGUGGCUCCCAGAUCUGUAUGGGCAGGAACAGGAGGGUCUCUGGGGGUGUCACCAGGGCUGUGAAGAGGAUCUGGUCCCCCAGCUGUGGCUGAGCAGUGUUUCUGAGAGCUGGAGCAUGGGGAGAUUUUGCCCACACACCCUCUGCAGCACUUCUGCUUCCCGAGAAGGUUAGACAUCCGGGGCUGGCUUUUCUGUGAAACAGUGAGCUGUUCUGGUUAGCAAAAAUCCCCGGCUCUGCCCUGUGCUCCCCCGUGUGCUGCACUCCCCUGCUCUCACCCCACCAUCACUGCCCCUCCUGGGAAUGUCCCAUCACUCAUGGCUGCACAGGAGACUUGAGGGCUGGGGUCUCUAACAGGAAUGAUCCUUAUUGCCUUGUGCUGAAAAAAGGGGAUUUUCCCUGCCCAGAAGGGGAAGCUGCAGCUGGAAGGACUCCUACCCCAAACCCCUCUGGGGCCAGCAUUUUUCCUGGUGACCUUGAGACAGAGACUGGAGGCAGCCAGCUGGCUUCCAGGGCAGUAUCCCCCUCAUCUGAAAUGCCAGCUUGGUCUAUGAAUAGCACCUGGCAUGGAUCUUUCCCCAGGCAAAGAGCAAUGAGAGACUGAGCCCUCUAUACCCUCAUGGUGCAGGACUCACGCCCCAUUUUACAGCUGGGGAAACUGAGGUGUGGUGGGGUCCCUGACUCUGCCUAGCAGCAGGAUCGUGAUGCAGCCCUUUGGGAUUGCAGGGCACUGGGAAGUAUUUUCCAGCAGCAGAGGACUGGUCCCCACUGGAAAGGGGAGGAUUUGUGGGAAGAUGUUGCUCUGCCAGGGAGUCCACAUUUUCUCCUACCCCAGGUGUGCUGUCAGGGCAGCCAGGGCACCUUCACCUGCCCAGAGAAGGGACCCAGUGUCUCACUCCCCUGCAGUAGCCUCCCUGCCCUCAUCACCCACUGCUCCUUCCUGGCCAUAUCUCCCAGGAACGGUGGCUCCCACCCCAUCAGCUGCCUCCCAGGGCAAUCAGUGGGGCACACUUGGGCCUUAUCUAUGGGCCAGCCGUGGGUGGGGCUCCCUGCCAUCCUUAUCAGUGGGGCAGCUCCAGACCUAGGGCUGAGGGGAGCCAGCCCCAUUCCUGUUGUGCUGGGGCCAGGGCUGGGGGUGUUGUCACUGUCCCACACUGACCAUUGCAGAGGGGUGCUUGAAGUCCUGGGACCUAUCUCCAGCCUGGUAGCCAGUGUUACUGUGACCUUGACAGAUUGGCAGGGGUCCAGCCAAGGCCGUGGAGCUGGGCAGUUGUGGGUUGUGUUGGAACAUUGGUGGUAACAGUCUUACUAGUGCCAGCAGGGUCCACACCCCUCAUACACAACCACCUAACUCAGCAGCAAUUUCCUUACCGUGGUGAUGCUUGCAGGGUUGAGGGGGGCUUAAAAGGGCCAGAACCCUGUAAAAGGCUUUCCUGUCCUUUCACAAGUCUCAUAGACCUUUGCGUUUUAUUUAUUUCUCAAGUUGUGCCCACCCUCCUGCUCCCAGUGUCUCGGCAGGGUGCUGCUGGAAAACUGGCAGGGUGGGUACACUGACUCUCUCCUAAACCCCAGGAGUGUAGCAAACAGGAUCAUCUAUUGCCAGGCAAAGCAUGGGCAUCCCUUUGAAGAGGUGCCUGUGGAGUGUGUUUUUCCCCAGAGGUGGCUUCCAGAGAUCCCCCCACGCUAUGGGGUGCCAGUGCUCUCAGGGGGCUGCUCCUGCUUGGCUCAGGGACUGGGCAGAGUGUGGGAGGUCCCUUGGGAGAGGGAGCGUCCUGGCUGCUCUGUCCUGCUGAGCAGGGUCUAUCCCCCUGUGUCCUGUGACAGCAGUGACCACGGAUCACCAAAAGCUCAAGGUGCAGAUCUUUAUUGUCCACUUGUGUGGCUGGCCCACAGCCUGGGCUGGGAGUGGAGUUCUCACUCCCCAGCAUCCAAAUCAUCCAGCGUGGCCUCAGGCUCUGGGUGGGAGAGUAUGAGAAAGAAUGUAUUUUGGUCUCCUAGCAGCUCCUACCAAGGAUAUAGAUGAGUUUUCUUCCCUGCCAUGUCCUGGCCAUGGGGAAGCUGGUGAUGGUCAGCUGGGAGCCCACUGUGCCCACUGAGGUCAGCCCUUCUAGCCAUAACCACAGGGAAUUAGAGAUGGGUGGAAAACUGUCUAAACCCCAUACAAAUAUUUGCAUUUUAAGGGCUUUUCCAAGUAUUGGGGAAUGCUGACACAUCAGCAGUGUGGGUGAAGCUGGCAUGUUGAGAGGGUCUGCUUGGCUUUAUUUUUGGGGGGGAACAGGAUUUCCACAGUCAAAAAGUUUUGUUUAAAAUAAAUAAAAAAAAAAAGCUAAAUGAGCAAAUGGGGAGAAUUUCCAGCACUGCUGCAGAUUUCUCUGCCAGCUCCUUGGGGCAAAACAGCCACCCUGAUGCUGAGUGGACCACAAACCUUCAAACCACCCCUUGUUCUGGGCUGGUGGGUUUAUGGCUCCCAUCUGUGAUCCUUCCUCCUUCCCUGCUGAAACGGUUUUUGGCAGGAAAGGGAGUCCCUGUGGCUGCUCUGCCCUGGAGCAUCCUGAAGGUGUGGGGCUGAGGUAGAACUGGUGGCAGCUUGACCCAUCUAUUACCCCCAGGGCCAUGGCAGGGGAUGCUCACCUGCCAGCUUUUGGCAUGGUAGCAGCCUGUGUGGACAAGGCUGACUGGGGGACAAGGGUGGCUGCGGACCCUGAUGGCUUCAGGACCAUACAUCCCAGGCACAGACAGGGGCUGGGAUAAUGGAGAAGCUGGGGGGACUCUGGUCUAUCCCAUCCCACUGCAUUCCCCCUCUUCACACCCAUUUCCGCCAGCUCCUGGGGCAGGUUGAAGCAAGCAAGUCACAGGCGCGUCCUGUCCUGCCUGCACAGGGAGGGCUCAGCACCUUGGGCUGCAGGGGCGAGAACCCUCCGUGUCCCCAGGGGACAGCUCUGGGGUGGUGACACUCAGACCCCAGUGCAACAGGGUGUGGGUGUGUCCUGGCCCCAUGCUGGGUGCUCUUGGGCACGGUGAUGGGGCUGGGGCUUGAUGGAGGUAGGUCAGUGCUGUGGGUGUCACUGGUGCAUCCAGCCCCAGUGGGGAGCAGAGGGGAGUGUGCAGCAAUGGUGCUCUCCUUGCACACUUGUGCAUGUGUGCUGGGACUCACUCAUGCAGGGCAUCAAUGUGUGGGGCUGCCCUCUGCCCUGGGCUUGGGGCCCAGCCAUGUUCUGCAUCCCCCCCAUGGGCUGGCAGGUUGCUCCAUGCCCCACAUCUGUACCUUGCAUCUCGGGGCAUGCUGUGCUUGGGGAACACAGGGGAUCAGGGCUCAGUCAGGCUCAGGUGCUACCUGAGUGGCAAGAAGGAUCAGCAUGGUGCUGCAGCAGUGAGUCAGGGACAGCCAGACACAGAUGUGCUGGGCAAGGGGACCAGCAUGUGCCCCUGUGCAGUGGGCACCCAUGGGUGGUGCUGGCCCUGGGACUACACCAGGCAGGGAAAGAGGCUCCUGCAUGUGUCUGGGCAGUGCAGCACGUGUGGCUGCGUGCUGGAGCUGGGCUCUCCUUCCCUGGGGCCAGGGAUACGUGCAGAUCAUCCCAGUGCUGAUGGACCACAGAGGGAUGAGCACUAGGUGGAUGAGCAAGACAGCAGAACUGCCAUGACAUAGCCUGCAGUGAAAUAGAGGCCAGCAUGGCAGAUGUCACAGGAGCUGACGUGUUUCUUCAGCCACAGGCAAUGCUGGUGAUACAGAGGUGCUGGGUGGGGGGCCCCCAUUGGUCCCAUGCACCCUGUGGGGCCAGGAGCAGCCAUGGUGAGGGGUCUGCUUGUGUAAGGUGUGUGUAUGUGAGUGCAGAGGGUUGGGUGUGCACCACGCAGUGUGCCAGGUUAGGUUACAGCAUAUAGGGCAGGAAAGGGUAUGUACAGUGUGUAGGGACAGGGAUAUGGGGCUUGGUUAAUGGGGCUGAGAGGAGGGGAGCGCCAGGUGUCCAUAGGAUCUCGGAUAUGCAGAGUCCUCACAGGACCCCCUCCUCCCCCAUCCCAUUCCUGUGACAACAGCAGCAUCCUGUUCCUCCAGCAAGGUGCAGAGCACCCAUCUGGGGUCCCGAUGCCAGUCUGGAUGCAGCUGAAGCCCCCUGCCAGAGGGGCCAAGGGUAGUGGUUACAAGGAAACCAGUGUAAAUCAGAACUCAUUUUCCUUGAAGGGCUGGGAGAACACCCGGAGCCGUGGACACCCCUGGGACCCACGAGGAUUCUGGGGUACACUGCUCUCCCUGGCUAAGCCCGCAGCUCCCCACUCAGAUUUUCCCUCCGCAGGCCGGGGUGCUGCUGCUGUCCCGAGGCCAGGGCUCUGAGCUGGGCCAGCCCUGCCCUCUAGUGCCGUGGGAGCUGCUCGGUGCAGAGCUCAGCCCCUGGAGCUGAGCCGCCCAGAGUCCUCCCGGGGCCCGCCGGGCAGAGCGGGAGCUGCCAGGCUUCCCACUUGCCACCCCGACACUGCUGCCGAGGGGACACGAGGACACGUCCCGGCCCCUCCGUGGCACCAGCAGCCCACGGCCGGGCCCAGCAGUGUCACCCCGGCACGGCUGCCCUGCGCCCCAGGCCUUGGGACACGCAGGGCUGCCGCUCCGGGUGACAAUCGCCUUCCCGGCACCCCGGGUCGAUAACCUGGCGGCCAAAGCACUCGCUGGGCCGGGACGGCGCGGGGCCACGCCAAUGGGUGCCCGCAGCUGCGGGAGAGGGAGGGAAGCUCUGGAGGCUCUGGUUAAACUGGAACGAGGCGCGGCAUCGUCCCGCGGUCCCUGCCCUGGGGACUCUGACCCCGUGGGCCGGCCGGGGGAGCUGAGGCGGGCGGUGACAGCCUCUGGGACCGAGCGAGCGAGAAGCCGAACAGGAUGGAUCCCACUUUGGAGCUGGCAGAUGACCCCAGGUUCUCCCUCCCUUUGGUGGAGAUGCUGAUCAAGAACUUCAGCGUGCCGGCAGCCUGCUUCUCCCUGCCGCCCACCUCCCGGCAGCUGCUGCACCAGCUGGACAUAGCCCAACUCAUCAUCCUGGGCCUCUGCACCAUCAUGACACUGCUGUCAGUUGUGAUCUAUGUGGAAGAGGUUUCGUACCUCUUCCGCAAGAUCCGCUGCCCUAUCAAGAUGAAGACCCUCUGCUGGAGCAGCUCAGCCCCUACGGUUGUGUCAGUGGUCAGCUGCUUCGGCCUGUGGUUCCCGCGCUCCAUGAUGGUGGUGGAGAUGGCUACCACAGCGUACUUUGCUGUCUGCUUCUACCUGCUAAUGCUGGUCAUGGUGGAGGGCUUUGGGGGCAAGGAAGCGCUGCUCAGCACCCUGAAGGGUGUGUCCAUGGUGGUCAGCACUGGGCCGUGCUGCUGCUGUUGCCCCUGCCUGCCCCGAAUCACCAUGAGCAGGAAAAAGCUUAAACUGAUGAUCCUGGGGACUUUCCAGUAUGCCUUCUUCAGGGCAGUCGCUGUCUUCCUGGGGCUGAUCCUGGCUGCCGAUGGGAAUUACAACCCUGCUGACAUUUCAGCGGAAAGCGUGGCCCUCUGGAUCAACACCUUGGUUGGUGUCUCCACCCUCUUUGGGCUGUGGGCCCUGGGCAUCCUCUUCCGGCAGGCCCGGCUGCACCUGGCUGAGCAGAACAUGCAGGGCAAGUUCACCUGUUUCCAGAUCCUGCUCCUCCUGACGGCGCUCCAGCCUGCCAUCUUCAGCAUCCUGGCCAACAGUGGCAGCAUCGCUUGCUCACCGCCGUUCUCCUCCAAGGCCAGGUCGCAGCAGAUGAAUGUGCAGCUGUUGAUCCCACAGACCUUCAUCCUGGCGGUGCUGACGCGGAUGUACUACCGCAAGCAGGAUGACAAGCCUGGCUACCAUCCCGUCAGCUUCGCACCCGCCGGCACUGAUGUCAAGGCGUGAGCAGGAAGGAAAGACUGGGGGGGCCAAGGGGCACAGUGGGGUGAGGGGCUGGUCUACCCUGCACAACCUUCUCCUCCCCUGACUCUGGGGAGCUGCUGGCAGCAGAAGAGGCAGAAGGGGAAAGAGCAUCUUGGGACAGAAUGAAAAAAUCCAUAAGCCAAGGUGGUCCAUGGAGCCACCUCCAGCCUGGAGAUUUUUGUCUAGCACUGAGUAAAGAUAAAUUUUUGCUGGAGUCUUGCAUUGGUGAUUGGGUU